UGGGUCUGUUAGUUGUCGUCUGGGAAAUGGCGGCAGCGGGCUUGGUAGCUGUGGCUACAGCUGCAGAAUAUUCUGGCCCGGUAGCGUCGGGAGGUAGCCUUUCCGGUGUUAACUGCGGCCCAAGCUCUGGGGCAGGACCCGGUCCUGGCCCAGGCUCGUGGAGCCGCUCCCUUGAUCGGGCGCUGGAGGAGGCGGCGGUGACCGGGGUGCUGAGCCUGAGCGGCCGGAAACUGAGGGAGUUUCCCCGCGGAGCGGCCAACCACGACCUGACGGACACCACCCGGGCGGAUCUGUCACGAAAUCGCCUCUCAGAAAUUCCCAUAGAAGCCUGUCACUUUGUUUCUCUUGAGAAUCUCAACUUAUAUCAAAAUUGUAUUCGGUAUAUACCAGAGGCAAUCCUAAACCUACAGGCUCUGACAUUCUUAAAUAUUAGUCGGAACCAACUGUCAACACUGCCAGUACAUUUGUGUAAUUUGCCAUUGAAAGUCUUAAUUGCGAGUAAUAACAAAUUGGUCUCACUUCCAGAAGAACUUGGACAUCUCAGACAUUUAACAGAACUUGAUGUAAGCUGCAAUGAAAUUCAAACAAUACCUUCCCAAAUUGGUAAUUUGGAGGCCUUAAGAGACCUUAACGUAAGAAGAAAUCACUUAGUACGUUUGCCUGAAGAGCUGGCAGAAUUGCCUUUAAUACGUUUAGACUUCUCCUGCAAUAAAAUUACAACAAUCCCUGUUUGUUAUCGGAACCUAAGGCACCUACAGAUGAUUGCCCUAGAUAACAAUCCAUUACAGUCUCCUCCUGCACAGAUAUGUAUAAAAGGCAAAGUCCACAUAUUUAAGUACCUGAACAUACAGGCUUGUAAGAUUGCUCCAGAUCUGCCAGAUUAUGACAGGAGACCCUUGGGUUUUGGCUCCUGCCACGAAGAACUAUACUCAGGUCGCCCUUAUGGAGCUCUUGAUUCAGGUUUCAAUAGUGUUGACAGUGGUGAUAAGAGAUGGUCAGGGAAUGAACCUACAGAUGAAUUUUCAGAUUUACCUCUUCGAGUAGCAGAAAUUACUAAAGAACAAAGACUACGAAGAGAAAACCAGUACCAAGAGAAUCGCAGCAGUUUAGUAGUAACAAAUGGUGGAGUGGAGCACGAUCUGGACCAGAUUGACUACAUUGACAGCUGUGCUGCUGAGGACGAAGAGGACGAGGCGAGGCAGCCCAGGGGCCUGGACUCAGGCAGCCUCAGUUCACAGUUCAUGGCCUACAUUGAACAACGGCGAAUCUCUCAUGAGGGUUCACCAGUAAAGCCAGUACCCAUGAGGGAGUUUCAAAAAACAGAAGACAUGAGAAGAUAUUUACAUCAAAACAGGGUUCCAGUUGAGCCAUCUCUCUUGUCACUAUCACCAAGUCACAAUCAGCCAUCACAUACAGACUUUGAACUUCAUCGGAGGAGAGAACAAUUAGUAGAGCGUGCUCGGAGAGAGGCGCAGCUUGCCGCCUUACAGUAUGAAGAGGAGAAAAUAAGGACCAAGCAGAUUCAGAGAGAUGCUGUCCUGGACUUUGUCAAGCAAAAAGCCUCACACAGUCCACAAAAACAGCCCCCCUUCGAUGGCGAGUGUCCCUUCCCAUCCAGAAGGUCUCAGCACACUGAUGAUAGUGCCUUGUUAGUGUCGCUGUCAGGGUUGAAUCAGGUGGGCUGUGCUGCUACCCUGACUCAUUCGUCUGCCUUCACACCUGUUAAGAAUGAUGACAGAUCUAAUGCUGUGUCAAGUUCACCUACAACAGAAACAGUUCAUCAUUUCCCUGCAUAUUCUUUUCCUGCUGCUAUGCAGAGAAACCAACCCCAGCGCCCAGAGAGCUUCCUUUUCCGAUCAGCUGCCAGAGCGGAAGCAAAUAAAGGUCAUGCUUCACCCCUUCUUUCGUCUUCUGCAACCACUACUGAUUCUACAGAUCCCGUAACGAGACAGAAUUCAAGGCAGAGAGAAGAAGAACUGGAAUCAAUAGAUCAGCUACGGAAACAUAUUGAGUACCGGCUGAAAGUAUCUCUGCCUUGUGAUCUUGGAGCAGCUCUAACUGAUGGUGUUGUUCUUUGCCAUUUGGCCAAUCACGUGCGGCCUCGAUCUGUCCCAAGUAUUCAUGUUCCCUCACCAGCUGUACCUAAAUUAACAAUGGCAAAGUGCAGGCGAAAUGUGGAGAAUUUCCUAGAAGCUUGCAGAAAAAUUGGUGUACCUCAGGACAAUCUUUGUUCCCCUUCUGACAUCCUUCAGCUAAACCUCAGCGUUAAGAAAACUGUUGAAACACUACUUUCUCUUGGGGCACAUUCAGAAGAAUCCAGUUUUGUCUCUCUGUCUAUCCAGCUUUUGGGUUUUGUGGCAUUUUAUUGUACUUUAAUGCUGUCUCUCUGUAUGCUUUAUUAUGGGAUCUUCCCCCUCUAGCAGACAUUGCAUUCCCAUGGUUUUCCACCUCAUUCCUGUGCUUGGUAAAGGAGGUUUGUUUCUUUGUUCAGAAAUAUUUACAUAAGUGCUUUUUUCCUGGCCAUCAGAGAGCGAACCAAUAAAGUAGAUUAACCCUUUCCUCAUAUGUCCAGGUGAGCAGCCCAUCACAUUAGUGAGCAUUUAUGAGGACUAACAAAGAGUAAAAGACCAGCAUUUUUUCUCCUGGUGAUUGAUCUAUUCUCCUGGCCUGUGGUGUUGUUUUCAUUAAGUGCUGAAGCAUUUCUAUUAAUACAAUCCUGAGCCUGUUCUUAGAAUAUGACUAAGAACUUUAUUUUCAAAUUACAUAAUAAAAUUCCCAUCUGGCCAUUUUUCCAUGCCUGAACACCCCUUAUGUGUUGAAAUUGUAAGUUGCUGAACGUUUUCAGCAGCUGCUCAUAAGGAAAAGAAUCAUACCCUUUCUGGUUUGCGGGGCAUGUGGUCACCUGAAUCCCUGUAUUGAACUGUGCCCUGAAAUCUCCCUUUCUGCUUUCUGGGCAUCUGGAAGGCACUAGUCAUUUAAUUUUUUUAAUUUUAAUUUGAUCAGAAUUUUCAGUCCCAAGGUCAUAUAGUUUCUCUAUCUGGAUGGCUGUUCCGAGCCUGACCUGCACAUUUCAGUACAUGACAAGCAAGCGGGCUGGAGCCGACUUCGCAGGGGUGGGCGCCUGUCCAGAUUUACUGUGUGUUUAUCUUUAAUUAAACUUCACUUCUAGAAUCCUAUUGAGAAUUUAAAAUUGUAAUGUAUGUAAUUACCAAUACAUUUGAACAUCUUCAUAGGUGAACUUGUAUUUCAUAGGCUGUUGAGAUUAUGGCAACAGUAGUAGGUAAAGUGUUAGGCAGCAGUCCGUGUUCUGUGCCCAAGGCAGUGAAGACUGUCGCUUCACAUUGUUCCUUAGUAUAUCAGCUGCUAGCCUGGAUGCUUGAACUGCUUUACAAUUGCACGUUCUAGUUCUCAUGAAUAGUGUUUCUGAACGUUCAGGACCCUGAACUCCGUAUCAAAAUUGGCCAACUGAACACAAGUAUGAAGGGGAGUAACAUGCUGUUGUGGAAGCCGGCCUGAUUGCUCCCAUUUCCUUCCAUAUUAAACGAGACAGUUACCACAUUAAAAAGUGUUUACUGUUAAGCUAAAGUAUUGAACACUGUGUUGGAAACUUUAGUUUUAUACAGUAAUAAUGUCUUUCAGGGUUGGGGAGGGAAGGGGUCAUGUUUCUAACAUGUUUCUGAGUCAGGGAAUCAUUCAAUUUAUAGACUUUUUUCCCUUUUAAAAAAACACCUUAUCUAAAAUACACUGUCUUGUGUGUGGUUUUGCGGGAGUAACUGCAUUCUUUUCAAAAUACACAGGUUCCCUCUAAGCAGCUGAAGGUAACCCUUCAUCUGGAGAGCAUGGCCUCUGAGGACAUGUCUCGGUCACAGGCCGCACAGGCCGCAGGGCCACCGCCGAGAAUCAGGUCUCUGCCAGGAGCAGAGCACCCUGAUCCUCCGUUUACGUGUAGUUAACCCUUACUCGCAGUCACACUCAAAGUAUUUAUACAAAGUUGAUAGUUUUACAAGUGCAAAAGACAGCAGUUACCUUGUUUUAUCAGAUGAGUAUUUUUUUAAAGAAAUAAGCAUAAAGACAAAUGACUGCUCAAAAUAAAUACUUGCUAUAUUUUUUAUUGCAACUUAUUUUGUAAGUCUUCCCAAUAAUAUAGUAGUGCCAAUGAAAAGCUGAGAAAAAUCCAGUUAUCUUACUUAAUAUGUACAGUUUUUUUUAAUGAAACCAGAAUUCCCCUUUGUCCUUUGUGAGAGCAGUCUCUUCUUUCUGAAUGUUUAGUGUUAACAGAAAAACCAGUGGGAGGUGUUAUUGUUAACAUAUGCCUUUUUCUCUUACAAGAAAGGAUCAACCAAACAAAUUAAUGAGAGAAACAAGAUAGAAGUAUUUCACUUCCUUAAGUGAACAUGUAAAUGGUUUUUAAAUACAUGGUAAUUAAGUUAUUCCUGAUUAAGCUCACAUCAUAAUUCUCCAGUAUAAUUUAUUUCAUUAAAUACCAGCAGGAUAUGAAAUACUUUUUCAAAUACAGUUUCUUUUUUUUUUUUUUUUUAUUUUAUAAUUCAGGUUUUCAGCUAAUUCAAAUGCAGUCCUUCCAUGCAUUACCCAAGGUGUAGGGUAAAGUUUCUCAGAUAAAUCUAAAGAAUACACUUCAGUUUCUUCCCACGACCCCUGCCCAGUCCGGGGGCUCUGAAGGGGGAGAGCCCUGCUUUCCGGUCCCAGGGCAGGCCUCCCUGUCCAGUGCAGUGUGGGGACGGCAUGGAACAAUCUCGCAUUCCUAGGGCAUGUCAUUUCCAAAGUGCUUUCUUCUACCAUGUUAUAUCUUUGCAGGCUGGAGCCAUCUAUCUGGAAUAAUGUGUAACUUUUUCUAUUUUCACCGUACUGGUCUGCAUUGCUUGUAUUUAUCAGGAAUGAAGAACGUUGCUUUCGCUCCAUAGUGUUCUGUUUAUCCUCUGUUGUAUGUGUAAGUGUAUCUAACCCAUCCAUUUUCCACUUUUCAAAACGGUCUGUAUGUACUUUCGGUUAUGUUAAUAAAGUGAUACUGUCAGAUAUCAUCCCUGUGUAGUUCAUAUUAACAGAGGUCAGUUUCCUAGGUACUGACUUGUCAUAUCUCAGUUGAUUGUUAUGAGUGGGAGGAGAUGCUUGUUUUUUCUUUUCAGUUCUGUGAUGUUCAUCCUAUUUUCUCUUGUGUUUGUUUUUAUGUCACAUUAUCCCA